UGCAAGGAACAGCUGUAAGUUCGGCGUCAUUUUACAGUUAAAUUAUUAUAGCUCAGUUUGAAAUUCAGGAAGUGACAUUGCAUUUCUCACAUCCUCUAUCUGGGAACUGAAGAAGGAAUUAAAAUGUACUUUCGGUCUGACUGUCAGUGGUAGCUCGAGGUCCGAACAACUAUGAGAGCACAGUGAAUGGGAAGAGGUGGAUCAUCUUUGCAAUAUAAAAACAAAAUCACGGGUCAAAAUCCAGGUGAAAAGGAAGAAAUUCCUGGUCCCUCAGAAAACCUGAUGUUGGAAGUGGCGUAGGAAUCGAUCAAGUAUGUCCUUGUGACCUGCUUCCGGUCUUUAAUCAGCAUUCCUGAGUCAACGGUAUGGUGGUAUUGUCAAUGGACUAGUAAGCCAGAGAUCCAGAUAAUGUUCCGGAGAACCAGAUUUCAAAUCCUGUCUGACAGAUUUUGAUAACCAGAUUUUCAGGUCAGACAUUCCAAGGACUUUACAAUGAUGGCAAUGCAACCACGGAGAAUUCGUUUGAAACCAUGGCUUUUGGCACAGGUGGAUAGUGGGCAAUAUCCAGGGCUUCAGUGGCUGGAUGACCAACGGAAGCAUUUUCAGAUCCCUUGGCGGCAUGCUACCAGACACAUCCCCACCCAGGAUGAUGAAAACACAAUUUUCAAGGCUUGGGCAGUGGAGACGGGCAAAUACCAUCAAGGUGUUGAUGGGCCAGACCCUGCCAAAUGGAAAGCAAACCUCCGCUGUGCCCUCAACAAGAGCAGGGAGUUUAAACUGAUUUAUGAUGGCACUAAGGAGACCCCCAUGCAGCCAUAUAAGAUCUACCAAGUAUGUGACCUACAGCAGUCCAACGGAGGAAACGGCACUCCAGAGGCUAUUGACUGUGAAGUGGACGACGAGGAAGAGCAACAGCUCCAAGUUUUGUUUCCAUCAAUGACCUUAGAAGAUAAGAUCAGCCUACCACCAUACCCAACACAGACCUGGUCGAAACAGGAACUUACAGUGCCUGAUUCCUGCAUGAAUGGAAGACUUGCUAACCCGACACUCCCGCAAGGGGAUCUUUCCCAUGCAAAUCUAGACCACAGUGAACUCUCUCAGCCCAACCUUACUCAUGGAGGCCUCAUUCAACCAAAUGUUACUCCAAUUGCUCAAGGAACUCUUAAUCCACUCUCAACACAGCAAGUGGACCAGUUCCCCUCAAUGACCACGUCUGAAAUGUUUAUCAACUCUCUGCCAUUGACUGACCUGGAUGUGAAGUUCCAAUACCGGGGAAAACAGAUGGGAUCGUUGAUCACUGUCAGCAACCCUCAUGGCUGCCGUUUAUACUAUGGCGAUCUAGGCCCUAUCCCAGACCAAGUGGAGCUCUUUGGACCCAUUACCCUGGAACAAGUCCGUUUCCCCAGUACGGAUCAAGUCUCUCAUGAGAAGCAGCGAUAUUACACCAAUCACUUGCUGGAUGUCAUGGACCGGGGUCUCAUCCUGGAGAUCCAUGGGCAGGAUAUUUACGCCAUCCGUCUGUGCCAGUGUAAGGUGUACUGGUCUGGGCCCUGUGCUAUUGGAGCAGCAGGACCCAAUCCCCUUGAGAGGGAGAAGAAGAUCAAACUCUUCAGUUUGGAGAACUUCCUCAGUGAAUUGAUAAUGUAUCAGAAGGGACAGACUAGCGUUGCCCCACUUUACGAGAUCCAGCUCUGCUUUGGUGAGGAAUGGCCAGAUGGCAAACCCAAGGAAAAAAAGUUGAUCAUGGUGCAGGUGAUUCCAGUUGUGGCAAGAAUGAUGUUCGAGAUGUUUUCAGGGGAGUUGUCAUUCGAUAGUGGGAGUAUCUGCCUGCAAAUCUCAAACCCAGACCUUAAGGACAACGUGGUGUUUCAGUUUAAAGAACUUCAUCGAUUACUUCAGUCCCAGCAAGGCCAGGGACAGUGGCCAGUGCAGCCUGCCAAUCUACAAUGAGGUUGCAAAGUACCUAAGAAGAGGAUGUAUUCCAGAAUGCUGCCAAUGGUUCUUGGGCUGUCGUUCUAAAUUUGCUGCUGACAUGUUUUAAAACGAAAACUAGGAGUUGGAGCUCAGAGGUUUUUGGUCCUAAAUGCUGGAACUCUAAGUGGGAGUGUAUAGGGCAAACAAGCACCUCUUAUUCCUUCAUCAUUGAUUUAUGCAUUUGACUUUUUAUUAUUACCUUCUCUUUAAAGGAUUAAGGGCCGCUUCAUCUUGCUUCUAUCAGAUUGCAACACAAUGGACGCCAUAGCAACUAUUCUGAGGCAACUCAUUCUUAAUCCUAAUUGUAAUAAAAAGCACCUGUCAAUGAUUUAGCACCUCUGAUUUGGAAAUCAUGUCUCACUAUGUUUACUUAUUGCGAUCUUUUAAAAGGUUUGAGGAGAUUCCCUACUACCAUGUUGCUACAUUGGUUUGGAUUAGAAAAGCUGCAGCAGUGGUAACAAUAGAAUCAGGAACCAUCCAUUUCUGUGUGUGUCCACCAGGGUACUUAUCCCCCUCACUCUUCAGAUUUUGAAUUACAUGCUUCUGCAGUAUAAACUUUGCGUUUUUUUUUAAAAAAGCAUUUUUAUAACUUCCUUUCUGGAUUGAUUUGUUGGGAAAUCUAGCACUUCAGGGUUAUUUAUGUCAUUAAGGUGAAUGUACAUUAAAUUGGAGCUGAAGAAUUCAGUAUGACCUCACCCCAGCCACCUGUUCUGCGGAGCAAAACUGAGUUAAUGGGUAGUGUUAGUGGCAUAACCUGACUAAUGAAACUCACUUGCAGUUUCAACAGUCAUGAUGCUUCCAAUCAUGAGAUGUGGCUGGAGAGAGCACUUUGGAGUUAUAUAACACCAGAGUACAGUACUGGUGAAUAAAGGUCAGUCACUGAGUAACAUUGGGUGACAGUACUGAUGAGUACAAAUCUGUUGUUGUAUAACAGGUGAAGAAUUGGUCAGUACAGGUCUAUUACUCCAUAGAACUGCACCAAAUACUGUACUAGUUAUCAUUCUGUACAGAUUUCACCAUGUACAGUACAAAUAGUUGCAGCUUCCUAAUCCAUGUUCCAUUCUACAAAUCUUUUCUACACCAUUUCUUUUGACAUCUUCAUGAAAUUUGGUGCCAAGAAUGGAACACAAUAUUCCAGCUGAACAACCAGUGAUUUUAUACAGGUUUUUGCAUAAAUUCUAUGCUUUUAUAUAUGGAAGUUCAGGAAUAAUAUGCACUUUAAUAAAAUCAUAGCAUUC